UUUAUAUGUUUAUGUUAUCAUAAUGUAAGAACUUACCCUUUGCGAUCCAACGAAUCGCUACUUUAGUCGCCAAGGAAAGAGUUCACAGGUCCAGCAAGACGAAUCCAGGUUUCCAUCAGAAUCGAGAUUUCGAGAGAGAAAGAAAAGCUACGGAGCACAAAGAGAUUAUCAAAUAUCACAAUCAGUCGAUCAUCAUCAUCAUCAUCAUCAUCAUCAUGUGGCUCUUCUAUCUGAUCUCGUUUCCGUUAACCCUAGGCAUGGUUGUGCUUACGCUCAAGUACUUUGCUGGUCCUGAUGUUCCUCGCUAUGUCUUCUUCACCGUCGGCUACACUUGGUUCUGCUCUAUCUCCGUCAUCAUACUCGUACCUGCCGACAUUUCUUCCACAAUUAUUGGUCAUGACAAUGGAGGUAUCUCUUUCUUUUGGAGCUGGUCAUAUUGGAGUACUUUCUUGCUUACUUGGCUAGUUGUGCCCUUGAUUCAGGGGGUAUGA